CAGCAUCACCACAUAGAGGCACUGGUCACCAUAACGAACUAUAUCCACCCGAUAAGGAGCCAGUGAAGGCUUAUUUAAGAAUUCGACCUAAACCACCUCAUUAUGAGUCCGACAUGGAGGAUCCUUAUUUGCAGAUCAUUAACGAUUUAGAAAUCUCUAUGACUCCACCACAAGAUUCCAACGCUUAUCGUACAAGAAAUAGAACACCCGAGCGAUACAGAUUCACUCGGAUCUUUACAGAAUCUGUCACACAGCAGGAAUUUUUCAACAAGACAACAUUACCACUAAUCCAAGACGUGUUACGAGGGGAAAAUGCCCUGAUCUUUGCAUAUGGAGUCACUAAUUCAGGCAAAACGUAUUCAAUUAUGGGUACCAAGAAACAACCUGGACUGCUGCCACGUACAUUGGACGUGAUAUUCAACAGUAUUGAUGGAUUCUUGAGUGACUCCAAAGUGAAGCCAUGUAUGCAUAGUCUAGUACAGACCUAUAUACACGAUGAGGAAGAGAAUAGGAAUAUAUUUGAUCACCCCAAUAUGACCAAAGAGAUUUGGGAAAACAGGGACUCAACCGCGAUUCCGAUUGAACAAAACUUUGAAUAUGGUAUCUGGUUAUCCUUUGCUGAGAUCUAUACAGAAAAGAUUUAUGAUCUCUUGGUUCGGCCUGAUCAUCUAUCCAAGAGACAAGCUUUACCAUUAAAAUACGAGUACAGCAGUGGACAUAAAUAUAUUGCAGGAUUAAAGGAAGUACGCGUGCAGAGCAUUGACGAGGCCUAUGCGAUCCUACUCGAAGGACAGCGAAAUCGUGCAGAAUAUUCCACAAUGACUAAUGCAACAAGUAGUCGAAGCCACAGUAUUUUUACAAUCAGGAUUGUAAGGGUGCCUAUCGAUGAGAAUGAUUACAUAAUCGAAGAUCCUGUAUAUGCUACUGUUUCAAGGUUUUCAAUUGUUGAUUUGGCUGGCUCAGAAAGAUAUAGGAAUACAUUAAACUUUGGUCAACGAUUAAAGGAAGCGGGUAAUAUCAAUAAAUCAUUGAUGGUGCUUGGACAAUGUAUGGAAACACUCCGAUUGAAUCAGGUCAAAGUAGCCAUGGGCAAGAAACCGAUGAUGGUACCUUAUCGACAUAGUAAAUUAACAGAGCUAUUCAAAAGCUCAUUUGAAGGAGAUGGAAAAGCUGUGAUGGUGGUCAACGUGAAUCCAUUUGAUACAGGGUUUGAUGAAAAUAGUCAUGUUAUGAAGUUUGCAGCUGUUGCGAGGGAUGUCACUAUCUGGCGUAGAAUGCAUCCAAGAAUCGAGCCUGAACAGAUAUCAAAUUAUGCAAAUAAGCGACCUAGAACACAGCACAGGAUAACAAGAAGGGUAUAUGAAGAUGAGGUGAUGAGAGAUGAUAUGGAAGAACCAUCAUCAACAAUUAUUAGACAAUCGAGCAGCACUAACAAUGAAGAAGAAGAAGAGGAAGAAUAUGACCCGUUUGUAGAUAAUUUAAUUGAACAAUUAGAGGAUUUACGUAACAAGUGGAUUGAAGCAGAAGGACGCAAUACGACAUUAGAAGCAAGGCAGAAGGUGGCGCAAGAUAUAGAAGCAGAAAUGAAUUCAAUAAAGCAAAUGUAUCUAGAUUUAUUAGACAGACAGGCAAGUCGUUAGUAUUAAUAUAAUGUGUAUAAACACUCACUUUAUAUAUAAAUAUACAUAGAACAAGAUAUCAGAAUCAGAGACACAGCAUUUAAAUGAAACGAACAAACAAGGUAAGACUCAUUUAUAGUGUUUGAUUCAUGCCUUGACGAUUUUCUAGAUUUGGUUAAGGAGGUAAGAUGCUCUCUUUAGAGGCUUUACACUUGACUUAUAUCAAAAAAGAUACUUGAUCGACAAGAAAUGCUGAAAAACGAACUGAGUCAAUUCAGA